UCACCGAAGGCGCAACAGCUCCGAUCCGAUUCACAAUUUGACUUUAAAUUCCAUUUGGAUUUUUCAUCAGACCUCAAGUUCAGAUAUACAAUUUUUCCAAAAACUCGGCCAAUGUGUGUGAAGUGAUAUUUCGGGUUUGCAAUUCUCAAUAUUGGUUGUGGAGCAUUUCCCCUGCGUUUUCCGGAUAUUUUUGAAUACUCUUGAGGAUUAUUUAACAAUGGAUUGGACCAAGUAUAUGAAUUAAAUUUGUGAUUAAUUAGAUUUCAAAGUGCGGCGGCGGGAAUAUCGGCGUGGUCGAAGAUAUCGACACGUUUUGGGUCAAGGACACGACGGGUUAGAUAUAGUCGCAGAUGUCACCAACGGGACAUAAGUCAAAGACGCCCACGCCACACGAUAACGAUAACAAUAGCAUCAGCGACGAGCGCGAAACAUGGAGCGGCAAAGUGGAUUUUUUAUUGUCGGUUAUUGGAUUCGCCGUCGAUUUAGCAAACGUCUGGAGAUUUCCCUAUUUGUGCUACAAAAAUGGCGGUGGCGCUUUUCUUGUGCCCUACUGCAUUAUGUUGGUGGUCGGAGGUAUUCCUCUUUUCUACAUGGAAUUGGCUCUGGGUCAGCACAAUCGUAAGGGAGCCAUCACUUGUUGGGGUCGUUUAGUGCCCCUUUUCAAAGGAAUUGGAUAUGCUGUGGUUCUAAUAGCAUUCUAUGUUGACUUCUACUACAAUGUGAUUAUUGCCUGGUCGUUGCGUUUCUUUUUUGCAUCAUUUACCAGUUCUUUGCCCUGGACGUCUUGCAAUAAUAUUUGGAAUACCCCAAAUUGUAAACCUUUUGAAAGCCAAAAUGCGUCCCGUGUGGCGUUGUUAAGCAAUUACAGUGAUUUUUAUAGCGCAAACAAUCAGAGCCUGUUCAAUGAGUCUUAUGCCAAUAGUUCAAGUUUGGAGGCUCCUCUGGGCCAUAUGGAGGGCUUUCAGUCAGCUGCCUCCGAGUAUUUUAACCGCUAUAUUCUAGAGCUGAAUCAGAGCGAGGGCAUCCACGAUUUGGGUGCCAUUAAGUGGGACAUGGCACUUUGCCUGCUGAUUGUCUAUCUCAUUUGCUACUUCUCUCUGUGGAAAGGAAUUAGCACUUCCGGCAAGGUUGUGUGGUUCACCGCCCUCUUCCCCUAUGUGGUGUUAUUGAUUCUUCUGAUAAGGGGUCUCACAUUGCCAGGAUCCUUCCUGGGCAUACAGUAUUAUCUCACGCCCAAUUUCAGCGCCAUCUACAAGGCAGAGGUAUGGGUGGAUGCUGCCACUCAAGUGUUCUUCUCCUUGGGCCCUGGAUUCGGAGUCCUCUUAGCUUAUGCCUCCUAUAAUAAAUAUCACAAUAAUGUCUACAAGGAUGCAUUGCUAACCAGUUUCAUCAAUUCGGCCACCAGUUUCGUGGCAGGAUUUGUGAUAUUCUCGGUGCUGGGCUACAUGGCCCACACAUUGGGAGUGAGAAUCGAGGAUGUGGCCACCGAGGGACCAGGACUGGUAUUUGUGGUUUACCCAGCUGCCAUUGCCACCAUGCCGGCCAGUACAUUCUGGGCACUGAUAUUCUUUAUGAUGCUGCUUACCUUGGGCUUAGACAGUUCGUUUGGAGGAUCUGAGGCCAUCAUCACCGCCUUGAGCGACGAAUUCCCCAAGAUCCGGAAGAACAGAGAGCUGUUUGUCGCAGGACUGUUCUCCCUGUACUUUGUGGUUGGAUUGGCCAGCUGCACGCAGGGGGGCUUCUACUUUUUCCACCUGCUAGACCGCUAUGCUGCCGGCUACUCGAUCCUGGUGGCCGUGUUCUUCGAGGCCAUUGCCGUCUCCUGGAUCUACGGAACCAAUCGCUUCAGCGAGGAUAUACGGGACAUGAUUGGCUUUCCGCCAGGCAGGUACUGGCAGGUUUGCUGGCGCUUUGUGGCCCCGAUUUUCUUGCUUUUUAUCACAGUUUAUGGCCUGAUCGGUUACGAACCACUAACCUAUGCGGAUUAUGUCUAUCCCAGUUGGGCCAAUGCGCUCGGCUGGUGCAUAGCGGGAUCGUCGGUGGUGAUGAUACCCACGGUGGCGAUCUUCAAGCUACUGUCCACGCCCGGCAGCCUCAGGCAGAGGCUAACCACUUUGACCACUCCGUGGCGGGACCAGCAAUCGAUGGCCAUGGUUCUGAACGGGGUCACCACCGAGGUCACCGUGGUGCGACUGACCGAUACGGAGACCGCCAAGGAGCCCGUCGACGUCUGAGUCCGACCGAUGGCCAGAUUUCAAGUUUAUUACGUUUAGAUUUGGAAAUUUACCAACAACUCACGUUCACGUACUUGUUGCAUUGCUAGAAAGUUAGUCUUUUUGAUUUGACAUUUGGCAAGAGGUCCUUCAGGAUCGGCAAAUUACGCAAACAACGUACUUAGGUUUCGGCAUUAAAAAGUAAAUACACAUACAUAUAACUAAAUAGAAAACCAGAAGAGUCCUAAGUUAAGAAUAGCUUGUAGUUAUAAAGUUAAAUGCAAUGUUAUAGCAUACGCCAUACCAACAUAUUGAUAUUUAAAUGCUGUGUAGAUAAUACCACAACCGAAUGUCGUAUAAUCCACACAAUCUAGCCAAAAUACGCCACAAGAAUGUUUGCAUAUGCCAAUGGAAUUAACGGCACGAUCGCAGCUCAACCGAUGAUUCAAAUUGGGCAUAGAAUCUGUACAUAAACAACAAUCAAUGAAGUAAAAGCUUUAAACACGUUAUAGGAUAUCUUAUGGAACUGAAGCAAAAGCAAAUGCUGCCACAGUUGAACAACAGAAUCGCCUCAAACAGCCAUGAGGCGAUUUUGCCAUAUGCAAAGGUUUAUUCUAAAAUUCUAACCCGUCCCAUCAACAACUACGAUUGUUUGCGUAAAGCAGCCAUUUUAGGCAAGCAAUUGGCAGUUGAAAAGAAUUCCCUGUUAAAUAAUCAUUUCUGUAUA